AUGGAUGAAGCACCCAUGGUGUCCAUCCCUCUGCUCGGGCUGGCUCUGGUCCUCCUAAGCUUCCCUCAGCAUGCUUCCCUGGAUGCAGUUUUCCAGAAUACCUCAGGAGCGUUGUAUCCAGGCUCUGUGUUUGUAAAGGAGGCUCUGCAGAGAGCAAUCUGGCUGACUGAUGCUGCUUAUGCACGCACAAGUGAAAGGGUGAAGACGUCACUGUCUGAAGGAGCUCUGAGACCCAGUGACCUGCUGGCUAAGUUUAAACAGACUGAAGCCACAACGCAGACCCAGAUACGGGCUGCAGAACUGCUGGACAACACUGUGGAGCUGAUCAGAGAGAUGGUCUACACUCAUGCUAUGGAGCAGCCUGGCCCUCAUGAGCUUCUGAGUGAAGGAGAUGUUGAGAAUCUGCUGCAGGCGACCGGCUGCUUCACUGAGCUUCAAAGACCAAGCUGUAAAUCAGACUGUCUGUCAAAACGCUACAGAUCCAUCACAGGAGAGUGCAACAACAGACGUCAUCCCAGAUGGGGGGCAGCAAACAUCCCCUACUCCCGCUGGCUUCCUCCAGAGUAUGAGGACGCGUGGGGAAUGCCUCGAGGUUGGGAUCCAGAACAUACCUACAAUAAUGCCACUCUACCUCCAGUGCGGCUGGUGUCUCAGGAGGUGCUGUUCACUCACAAUGACAACAUCUCUCUGGACUCCACUCUGUCCCACCUGCUGGUGGAGUGGGGUCAGUGGAUAGACCAUGACAUGGUGCUGACGCCUCAGAGCCCGAGUACAGCUGCAUUCAGGACUGGAGCUGACUGCACACGCACCUGCAGCAGAGACACACCCUGCUUCCCCAUACAGAUCCCUUUGUCAGAUCCUCGCAAUGGCGUCCAGAGCUGUAUGCCUUUCUUCCGCUCGGCUCCCAGCUGUGUCUCUGGAGUCUUAUCCCACCGCCAACGAGAGCAGCUCAAUGCAAUCACCUCUUUUGUCGAUGCCAGCAUGGUCUAUGGCAGCUCCACCAGCCUGGCCUCGGCUCUGAGAAACCACUCCUCUCCUCUGGGCACGAUGGCUCUCAACCUCCAUCACUCAGACCACGGUUUGGCCUACAUGCCAUUCUUGCCUCGCCUGAAGGCUCACCUGGACCCAUGUGGCCCUCGCAACUUCACCACCUCAGAGGAGUGGGGCAGAUCUCUGCAUCAGGAGAACGUCACAUCCUGCUUUCAUGCUGGUGACUCAAGAGCCAAUGAGCAUCUGGGGAUGAUCGCCCUGCACACAAUGUUUCUGAGAGAGCACAACCGGCUGGUAAAAGAGCUGCACCAACUUAACCCUCACUGGAGCCCUGACACCCUUUACCAGGAGGCCCGCAAGAUAAUGGGAGCCAUUCACCAGAUCCUAACUUGGGAUCACUACCUCCCACGGGUCCUCGGUGAGAGCACCAUGUCUCGUCUGAUGCCUCCCUAUAAGGGUUACAAUCCUGAGGAGGAUCCAAGCAUUGCUAACUCGUUUGCAGCUGCUGCGUUUCGAUUUGCCCAUGUCACAGUGCAGCCCGUUGUAUCAAGGCUGGGGCCAGGAUACGCCACUGACUCCAACCAUACCCCAUUGCCUCUGCAUCACUCUCUAUUUGCCUCUUGGAGGGUUGUGCAGGAAGGUGGUAUAGAUCCUGUGCUGCGAGGCUUGCUGCUAUCUCCAGCCAAGCUGCAGACGCCAGGUCAGAUGAUGGUGGAAGAGCUGACAGAGAGGCUGUUUCAGGCACAGGGAGGGAUGCCCCUGGACCUCGGGGCCCUUAACCUUCAGAGGGGCCGUGAUCACGGCCUACCAGGAUACUGUUCAUGGAGAAAGUUCUGCAGCCUCUCUGUCCCAAACACCACAUCUGAACUGGCUGAAAUUUUGGGUAACUUCACUUUGGCUCACAAACUUCAGCUCCUGUAUGGGACGCCACACAACAUUGAUUUGUGGGUUGGGGCCAUCUCUGAGCCCGCCCUGCCUGGAGGUCGAAUCGGACCACUUCUGUCCUGCCUGCUGGUGAGACAAUUCAGAGCACUGAGAGAUGGGGACAGGUUUUGGUGGGAGAGGGAGGGAGUGUUCACCAGCACCCAGAGGAGACACCUCCGCACCAUCUCUCUGUCCCGCAUUAUUUGUGACAACAGCCACAUCACUCAUGUCCCAGCUGACCCGUUCUCACGGACAGAAAGACCAGAGGACAUGCUGGCUUGUUCACAUCCGCUCAUCCCCCACCUUAACCUCAGCCCAUGGAAAGAACCUGACACAGAUCCCAGCUGUGGUCCCAUUCCAAGGAUUCAGUCCGGCUAUUCUCUGCUCUGUGACUCAGCAAUUUUGUAUCAGUGUCUCUCUGGUUUCAAGUUGCUGGGAUCUUCCUCCGUCAAGUGUGAUCCAAACAGCCAGCAGUGGAGCCCCAAACCUCCCACAUGUCAAGAUAUUAAUGAAUGUGAAGAACAAAGUUCUCUCUGCCCACAAAACCUGGAGUGCAUCAACACACAAGGGUCCUUCAUUUGCUCAGAGCCCUCCUCACUGUCAGCUGUUUCUGUGGUCACUGCAGUGGUUGUAGUUGUUGGUACUGUGGCUGUGCUGCUGAUGAUCAUGUUCUGUUAUCGAAGAUAUUUCCCAAAGAAAGAAGAGUUCAUCAAUACAGCCUGUUGCCAGGGAAAAAGUUAGUUUGCUUAGGUUUUGUCAAAAUGUUUUGUAUUAUAUGAAAAUAUUUUACUGUCUUUAAUGUAUUUG